GAACCCAUAACGCAGAUCCAGUUUUAUUUUGAAAUAUGUUUUUAAGCGAUGAUUUUUUUCAGGGCCUUCAUUCAGAGAGAAUUUAGGCUCUGGUCAUCUGACGGAGUUUGAUCAGAACAUUUUCGGAAAUUUCCGAGAAAAUCCGAAUGGUGUUCUUCCGCCAAACGCGCUUGAAGAACGUUCAUGCUUUGUGGCGAAGAAACACAUAAUACUUGAGGUGUUUUCUCUUUCUCAAAUUAAAUUUGGCUUGUGACAGUUGAAGAGAAAAGACCAAAAUCCACGAUGUCUGAGUUUCAAGGAGAUAUGUUUUCUGAGAUGGAAGAAACUCGCCCCAAGGAGCAACCGAAGGAGACACGUUUUAAAGAAAAACAUUCUCUCGACAGUGACGAAGAAGACGACGAUGGUGACAAACAUGAAGUUCUCGACGACGAGGAAAUUGAAGGCCAAGAAGAGGGAAUUAGUGAUGUUGUGGAAGGCAUUCAGAUAACACCCUUCAACAUGACAGAGGAAAUGGAAGAAGGGCAUUUUGACAAGGAUGGCAUGUUUAUCUUUGAGAAGGACAAGGCACAAAUCCGAGACAGCUGGAUGGACAACAUCGACUGGGUUAAGGUGAAAGAAACGCAGAUCAAACAUGACCUCAAGCGGUCACUGUCAGAUAGUGAUGAAGAGUUACCUCCCUUUAAUGAGCAAGCUGUCUAUGCCGAGAUACUGCCAAUGUUGCAGCCUGGUGAGAGCAUUGCUAAAGCCCUGCGGAGAAUUGGGGGAAAUCAAAACCUUUCUGCAAGUCAAAGAUUAAAACUGAAGAAACAAAAGAAAUUAGGAAAUGUAAACAACAGCAAUACUGAGGAAGAAGCUCAGGAGAAGAAGGCCAAAAUGGCGAAAUUGACAGAACUUGCAGACAGCUUUGUGUCAAACGGUAUCAUGGACAUUUAUGAAAUGACAUAUGAGAAGAUUUCACACACUUUGAAGAAGAUGGAGAGUCAGAAGGUGAAGUUUGACGUACCAGCUGAUGUUGAUGACGAUGAUGCUCUCGAUAUGUUUGCUGAUAACUUUGAUAAGAAGGAAUCUGACGGUACUGAGAUUGGGCCUAGAGAAAGCAAAAAAGCCAAGCUAGAUCUGAAUGGCAGUGGAGAAGAUGCAUCCCAUAAAACAGAACCUGCAGCAGCAUCAACAUCCACAGAGGCAGCAUCAUCGUCAGCAGCAGCAUCUACAUCAGCGGAGGAGUCUGAGGUGAAAUGGGAGUACAAGUGGGAGGACACAGACUCUGCCACGAUCCACGGCCCCUUCAACAGCACACAGAUGUUGAAGUGGUCAGACGAUGGCUUCUUUAAAAACGGAGCAUACUGUCGCAAAGUUGGUGCAGCUAACGCCCAGUUCUACAACACGCGGAGAAUAGACUUCGACUUGUAUACAUAAGCUCAAAAAUAAUUUCUAUCCAAGAAA